GAUUUUGGCUUCUAUACCAACCUUUAAAAUGUUCUUUCAUUUCAGUAAAUUAACUUUGUCUUCUCCAUGGCCCUAACUGCUGGAAAUUGUAAUUAUUCUAUUUCAAGAUUUUAUGUUCAAGCAAUUGAUACCAAAGAAAUUAAAGUGACAACAAAAAAAGAAACAUGGCAAGGAAGAAGAGAUCUUCUAUUUUCAACAGUACUUAUUGCACUUGUUCAAGUCAAUGAUUCUCAAACUGAGCUUCUUAAGAGAUACCUCAAGAAAUCAGAAGAAAACAAGGUCAAGAAUGAUAAGGAGAGAUUGGAUAGUUACUACAAGCGCAACUACAAAGACUAUUUUGGCUACUUAGAAGGAACUUUGAAGCAAAAGAAAGAGGAACUUACUGAAUCAGAGCAAGGCAUUCUUGAUUGGCUUGAAAAAAACAAAUGAAUUUGUCAAAUGGGGAGAGAGCAUAUGUUGCUCGUAUCAGACCUCUCUAUAACAGUCAUCCUCUAUAAUAACAUUUCACUAUAACGGUCAACUUUCUUUUAAAAUCAAUUUUUCAUGUUAGGUUAUAUUCAAUAUUCUCUAUAACAAUAUUUUUCUAUAGCAACCAAAAAAUAUCCGAAUAAA